AUGGACAAGGACCUUCAGCUUGCAAUCGCCCGCGCCGAGAUGGAGCUCGCCGAGAAGCGACUGGCCCUUCUCAUGGCCCAGGGCUCUCCAAUGCUGAAUGCGUCUCAAAUCAACGGUGUGUCGGUGUUGGGCGAUGUAGAGGUCGAACUCAGCCGUGACGAGGACAACGCGCCCGGUGGCGAGCCCGGCGAAGCUACGGUGCACGAAAGUCAUGAUACCGCGGAUGUUGCGGAAGUUUCGCAAAGUACGCGGGACUCCAGCGUAGCUGAUGACGAUGCGCAGUCCCUGCCACCUGUGGCCGUCAUUCACCACGAGCAGAGGCAGGUGCUCGACAACGCUGCAGGCGGGGCGGAGACGGACGAGAAGGGUGACGAUGCGCGCAGCGCAGCCGCGCCGGAUGAAAACGACGAGGUGGAAAGCAUGGUGCGGCACGACGACAAUGACCCCGACGCCGACAUGAGUCCAGUCACGGUAAAAAUCGAAACCGACAAAGCGGACACGAGCUCGGCGCCGACGAACGAGGACGACGAAGAAACCAUGCCCGUUGGACCGUUUAUUGAACGCGUACUGCGUUGGGCCGGCGCCGUAUGGUCCGACGCCGAGGCUAGGUCGGGUGUGGACUUCGAAGCAGCGGCGGACAUGGUGACCGAGAUGAUGGGCUUCGAGAUCGUUAGCAUCCGCGGCGAUCAGGUCGCGCUUCGCGCGCCUCUGGAGAUCAAGUCCGCCAAGCAAUGGGCUUCGAGGCAACGGAUGUCAUCGAAGAUCUACGCGACGGUCGCGGAGCCGCAUUACACACAGCUCGUCGCCCAGACCUGGCGCCACAUCCGUGAGCAGCCCUACGAGGACGUCAAGAAGAUGAACGGCCGGGACGGACUCAUUGGCGUCAUACGCGCAAUCUACCAAGCCAACGCCAUCGACCCGAAAAAGCGCGAGGACUUCCGCGUAGUCAUGCUCGACGCAGCGGAUGCCUUGCGCGCUAUGAGCGCGGCCAUUGUGUCUGCGCGCGACGCUCAGUCGGCGCCGACAGCAGCACCGACCGCAACGGCGUCGAGUACGCUGCUCCAGGUGCUGACACAGCGCAACGAAAAGCAGGCGGGACAGGCUACGGAGGCCCUGGACCGCAUGAGCAACGGGGAUGUCAUCGAAAUCGAGAGCGAUGACGAAGAACCAGUGCACGGUUCCAAGAAGGGCGGCAGCGGCGGUGGAGGUGGCAAGGCGAGGCAGGUUCCUACAAAGCGCAAGUCGACAAGCGCCGCAGGACCUUCGCCGAAGCCGAAGAAGCACAGGUUGUAA